AUGUGCGGCGUCCCCUUCUUCCCCAUCCCCCUCUGCUUCCAGUGCGGCACGGACCGGAAUCCCUGCCACUGUCGCGUUAUUGGUCCGUCUGUUGCCUUCAUCGUGAGUAUCGUGACAGCUGUCGUCUGCUAUCCCGCGUCCAUCUUCUGCGGAUGUUGUCUGACGAAGCCUGGGAAGGAGUGA